UAAUAAUGACAACCAGCCGCAUGGCGAUAUAUUUUUUCUUUUCUUUUGGUCGUCUCAACUGAGCGGAAGCGUGUGAAAUAUGGUUAACGGCCGCAUACCGUCGGUCUUCUCAAAGACUUAUGUGACUCCCCGUCGCCCCUACGAAAAGGCGCGUUUGGAUCAGGAGUUGAAGAUCAUUGGUGAAUAUGGUCUGCGUAACAAGCGUGAGGUCUGGCGCGUUAAAUACGCCCUGGCUAAAAUCCGUAAGGCUGCCCGUGAGCUGUUGACAUUGGACGAGAAGGACGAGAAACGUCUAUUCCAAGGUAAUGCCCUGCUGCGUCGUCUGGUACGUAUUGGUGUCUUGGAUGAAUCUCGCAUGAAGCUCGAUUACGUUUUGGGUCUGAAAAUUGAGGAUUUCUUGGAGCGCCGUUUGCAAACUCAGGUGUUCAAGCUGGGUUUGGCUAAAUCCAUCCAUCAUGCCCGUGUGCUGAUCCGUCAGCGUCACAUUCGUGUGCGCAAGCAAGUCGUCAAUAUUCCAUCAUUCGUGGUGCGUUUGGACUCCCAGAAGCACAUUGACUUCUCGCUGAAAUCACCCUUCGGUGGCGGCCGUCCUGGACGCGUCAAGCGCAAGAAUCUGAAGAAGAACCAGGGUGGUAGCGGUGGUGCUGCUGAAGAAGAGGAGGACUAAGCAGUAGCGCGCAUCUGCGUAGCAAUGUUUUGUAAUGCUAAACUUAUAUAUUUUACAAAUUAAAAGUGUAAAAUGACAUUAACAA